AACAGCAGUCUUCAGAUGGACAGAUGCUUAGUGAAUUAAGUGCCCGUGUCAGGGGCCUUAGGGAUGAAACAGUGCUGAAGUAGGCAGUGUGGGGUGCAGCAGAAAAUUUGGAGCUGGUCCUGCUGACCUGGAUUGGGGCCGACUCCACCACUUACCAACAGGGCAGCCCUAGCGUGGACGCUGCUCACAUCACUCGAUUUCUUUCUCCAGUGUCAUCAUCUGUCAAUAGAGACAGUAAUUCCUGUCCAGUAGGGCUUUUGUGUGAAUUAGGUAAUGUCUGCCAAGUGUCCCCUGCAGUAACUGGCACCUAAUAAGCAUUGAGUAAAUGGGAGUUAUUAAGAGUGAUGUAGAUUCUGCCUUCCUAGGGCUUUUGGUCAGGGAUUAAAUAAGUGAGAUAAAAUGUGGAGAGAGGUACAAAGUAUAUUUGGUGGACUGUGCACAGAUUCUAACUGGGGGGGUGCUUGGGAAGGUCAUGCAAGUAGUGAGAUUUGCCUGUGGCUUUGAAGAAGAGACGGAUUCCAGGGAGCUGGUAACUGGGGCAGCAUGAGCCCGUUCCAUCCCAUGCUUCAGAGGUGGUUCUCUCACAUGAAUCCUUGCCCGGUUGCUCCUAGGACUUCAAGGCAGCCAAAGAAGUCACAUUGAUAGGUGGUUUUUGAAAGCCGGACCAUUGGUCCAUAAGAGUUUCUGCCAGCUGACCAUGUUUGACACACAUUGUUUUCGUCAGACACCAGUGGUCUCCUUUUCCCAAAUCAUUGGAGAUUGGCUAAAUUGGAGCAUCUACAAAAUGAUGCUCGUUGAAUGCAUAGUAAAAAGGUGGACCAGGACCACCCUUGUUUUGCACUUUCUGAAAGCAUUUGAAGGCAAAAAUUCAGGUGUUGCUGGGAACAAUGGAAGGUCACAAGGCAGAAGAAAAGGUGUUAGAUAUUCUUCGACUGAAUGUGGGCGGCUGUAUUUACACAGCCAGACGUGAGUCCUUGUGCCGCUUUAAAGACUCAAUGCUGGCAUCCAUGUUCAGUGGUCGUUUUCCUCUAAAAACAGAUGAAUCGGGGGCUUGUGUUAUUGACCGUGAUGGACAUCUAUUUAAAUACCUUUUGGAUUAUCUUCACGGAGAAGUUCACAUUCCCACAGAUGAGCAAACCCGUGGUGCUCUGCAGGAAGAGGCUGAUUACUUUGGCAUCCCUUAUCCAUACAGCCUGUCUGACCACUUGGCCAAUGAAAUGGAGACAUAUUCUUUAAGGUCAAAUAUAGAACUUAAAAAGGCUCUAACAGACUUCUGUGAUUCAUAUGGUUUAGUUUGCAAUAAGCCAACAGUUUGGGUUCUUCACUAUCUUAACACAUCUGGUGCAAGCUGUGAGAGUAGAAUUAUUGGUGUAUAUUCCACAAAAACUGAUGGAACAGAUGCUAUUGAUAAGCAGCUGGGAGGAAGAAUUCACAGUAAAAGCAUUUUUAAAAGAGAGGCGGGAAAUAAUGUUCAGUACAUUUGGAGCUAUUAUUCAGUAGCUGAACUGAAGAAAAUGAUGGAUGCCUUUGAUGCCUGGGAAGGAAAAGGUGUUAGCUACUGGCGGGUGCCUCAUGAGCUGAUAGAAUGUUGGACCCUGGAAGAGCGGCCCUUACUUGGAAGCCUCCGUCACAUGGCCCCAGUUCGAAAGAGGCGACUGAUGGCUUUCAAUGAAGAGGAAGACGAAGGUGUGAACUCUAAGACUGGUCCCAAGCCAGUCAGAUUCCUGGGCCCCUCCACCAGCACCCAAAUUAAAGUCAAGAACUCGGCGUCGGUCAGGGUGUCCUCGGCCAGCGCCCUCCAUUCUGCGGGCGGAAAGGCAGCGCCGCGCUCGGCGCCGCCUAAGGCUCCGUCCCCCGCGGGCACUGCGCAGCCGGGGCAGCCCCAGGCUCCUCGUGGGGCCGGGAGCGCUGAAAACGGAGCCGCGCACCCACCCCCCGCCAAGGUCCUGCUCUCCGACAAGAAGUCCACCCCGCCCCGAGUGAUAAAACUGAAGCGGACUCCACUGUGCGCCGCCGGGCCGUCCCCACCUGCCGCAGCCGCAGCCACAGCCAGGCCCGCGGGGCCCCCGGUGUCAGCCCCGGAAGCCCCCCAGGCGCACGCGCGGACUGAAAACGGGCGGGGCCAGGCUGAUUGACGGAAGCGUGGGCUCCGGACCUCCCGCUCGCCUCCCGGAGCGCCCGAGCCGUGCGCUGCAAAUAGGUGGCGCUGUUUCUUGGUGCAGUAGGGGUGGAAACGGGUUUCUCUUUAGGAUCGUUACGGGAAAAAUGAAUUAUGUCAAGUAGGAAUGGAAGAGGGAGACUUUACGUGGUUGGGCCUAUCUUUAUUUCUCCCAACUUUGAAACGGUUGUCUACUGAUAGUUUGAAUUUCAGGUUUUUAAUUCUUUUUUUUUUUUUUGAUGAUUCAUUGGUAUUAAGGCAACAAAACAGUACAGUAAAAUCAUCGCUAGAGGAGUCCACUUUGUUCUUGAGUAAUUAUAGACUUUAGGCACUUUUGUAAUGUUACUCAUUGCUGCCCAGGGCCGAAUGAGGUUAGAUAUUCCCGUCUGGUGAGUUAGGGUGACAUUCGUGUUUCCCUGUGCUGUGUCACAGCCAAGAGAUUUGAGAGAAAAUGCAGACCCAGGUGAACUCCCUGCAGGUUUGUUUCAGUCUCAGAAGCCUUCGUGAAAAGAAAUGAGGAAAAAAAAAAAGACAGUAAUCUAAGAUCACAUUUUCUUUGACUCAAUUGAACUAUUUUCUUUUCCUAGAUUGUUUUUUUCUUACUCUUUUUUGCUAGCAGAUUUAUUUAUACAUCACAAGAAGAUGUCUUGGGAUGAGAACUAAAUAACGUCUUCGGAAUGAAUUGUUAAAAUAUUUUAAUUUGAAUAGCGAAGUUCUGAAAGUACUUUGGAAAACAAGUUAAGCGUUAACUUUUAACUGAAGUUACUACUUGUUUCUCAGGAAUGACCAUUGAGGAGUCAUUCUGACUAUACAGUAUGAUUUUUAUGCAUAAAAUUCCCACUUAACUUGAACUUAAUAUUUUUAAACAGAAUAUUUUGAUUAAUCCUCUAUUUUUUCACAGCUAUUCAGUUGUAUGUGUUUACUCUUAUGUGUUGAGUUUUAUAAUUGGAUCCCAUAUUUCUACCUUCAGUAAGCAGUAUGCCUUCAGUGUAUUAAAAAUAAGUUCAUAAAGCAGGGUACUUUUUAUUCAGUGCUUAUCAUUGUACUUGCAUUACUUUGAAAGAGUAGAGUAAAUAUACUCAAAACAUUACUUUUUACAAAAUAAAGUAAAAUUUUUCCAUACAAAGUAA